AUGUCGCCGUCUACGACUACUCCUCCUCCUCCAGUGAGGUUUGUUCUCCUCGACUUUCCUGCUCCCCAUGUCCUGCUUGUCACGAUAAACCUCGAGAAGCAGAUGAACUCUCUGCCGGUCGAUGCGGUAUGGGAAAUGCAUCGAGUUUGGAAAUGGUUUGACGAUGAGCCCGAGCUACGCGUGGGGAUUAUCACUGGGGCUGGUAAGAAGGCUUUCUCAGCCGGAAUGGAUCUGAAAGAGCGUCAAUCAAUGAUAGCAUCCGACUCAAUUUCCGCCUCACGGCAAAAUUCAUAUCCCUCAACGGGGUUUGCUGGCCUCACUCGACGAAAAGGCAGAAAGCCAAUCGUAGCGGCCUGCAAUGGACAUGCCCAUGGUGGAGGAUUUGAAAUCAUUCUCAACAGUGACAUUGUGAUUGCGUCGGAAAAUGCAGAUUUCAGACUUCCAGAUGUUUUACGGGGGACAGCUGCGAUGGCCGGUGCUUUUCCACGGCUGUGUAGGACGUUUGGUCUCCAAAGGGCAAUGUGGCUCGGUUUAACAGCGCAUACUCUGACUGCACAGGAAGGCCUAGCAUGGGGGCUUGUCCAAAAGAUCGUAUCAAUUGAUAACCUGGUUAAGGAAGCGGUGGAUGUUGCGAAACUUAUCGCUAGCAUGAGUCCUGACAGCGUCAUUGUCACAAGGGCGGGUAUCCGACAGGCAUGGGAAACAAGCAGUGUCGAACAUGCUACGUUUUUGACAGGAGAGGCAUACGCGGCUGACUUGAUGGCUGGGGAGAAUGCGAAGGAGGGAAUGCUGGCAUUCAAGGAGAAGAGACUCCCGAAAUGGGUACCGUCGAAGCUAUAA